GCGCUGUGCCCGCCUCCUCCCGCCCCCGCCGCCGCCACUAGCCGCCCCCGGGAGCGUCUGAAGAGGCGCGGGCCGCCGCACCGGCCGGAGUCCACCAAACAGGCCGCGGGUCCCGACUCCGACGCCUGAUGUCCUCAAGAUGGAGGCCACGGGGGCGGUGGCGUGAAGAGAGCGGGGCUGCGGAAGAGGGGACCCGGGUGGCGGCGGCGGCGGCGGCGGCGGGAUGGGGCUGCUGCUCAUGAUCCUGGCGUCGGCCGUGCUGGGCUCCUUCCUCACGCUGCUCGCCCAGUUUCUGCUGCUGUACCGCAGGCAGCCGGAGCCGCCGGCGGACGAGGCGGCCCGUGCGGGCGACGGCUUCCGCUACAUCAAGCCGGUGCCGGGCCUGUCCCUGAGGGAGUACCUCUAUGGCGGCGGCGGCGGGGGCACCGAGGAGCCCGCCGGGGGCUCCCCCGAGGGCGGCGCGACCCCGGCCCCGGCCGCCGACCCCCCCUCCCCACCGACGCGGGAGACCUGCUACUUCCUCAACGCCACCAUCCUGUUCCUGUUCCGGGAGCUGCGGGACACGGCGCUGGCCCGCCGCUGGGUCACCAAGAAGAUCAAGGUGGAGUUCGAGGAGCUGCUGCAGACCAAGACGGCGGGGCGCCUGCUGGAGGGGCUGAGCCUGCGGGACGUGUUCCUGGGCGAGGCGGUGCCCUUCAUCAAGACCAUCCGGCUGGUGCGGCCCGUCGCGGCCUCGGCCGCCGGAGACCCCGACGGCCCCGAGGGGGAGGCGCUGCCCGCCACCUGCCCGGAGGAACUGGCCUUCGAGGCGGAGGUGGAGUACAACGGGGGCUUCCACUUGGCCAUCGACGUGGACCUGGUCUUCGGAAAGUCGGCUUACCUGUUCGUCAAGCUGUCCCGAGUGGUGGGGCGGCUGCGCUUCGUCUUCACCCGCGUGCCCUUCACCCACUGGUUCUUCUCCUUCGUCGAGGACCCGCUGAUCGACUUCGAGGUGCGCUCGCAGUUUGAAGGGCGCCCCAUGCCCCAGCUCACCUCCAUCAUUGUCAACCAGCUCAAGAAGAUCAUCAAGCGCAAGCACACCUUGCCCAGCUACAAGAUCCGGUUUAAGCCGUUUUUUCCAUACCAAACCUUGCAAGGAUUUGAAGAAGAUGAAGAGCAUAUCCAUAUACAACAAUGGGCACUUACAGAAGGCCGUCUUAAAGUUACAUUGUUAGAAUGUAGCAGGUUACUCAUUUUUGGAUCCUAUGACAGAGAAGCAAAUGUUCAUUGCACACUUGAGCUAAGCAGUGGUGUUUGGGAAGAAAAGCAAAGGAGUUCAAUUAAGACGGUUGAAUUGAUAAAAGGGAAUUUACAAAGUGUUGGACUUACACUUCGUCUUGUUCAGUCAACUGAUGGGUAUGGUGGACAUGUCAUAAUUGAAACUGUGGCCCCAAACUCACCUGCUGCAAUUGCAGAUCUUCAGCGUGGAGAUCGACUCAUUGCCAUUGGAGGGGUGAAAAUUACAUCAACACUGCAAGUAUUGAAGCUUAUCAAGCAGGCUGGUGACCGAGUCCUGGUAUACUACGAAAGGCCUGUUGGUCAGAGUCAUCAAAGCGCAAUGCUGCAGGAGAAUUUUGGCCAUUUGGAAGAAAGCUAUUUGCCAGGCGCAUGCCAACCAGGCUAUGAGGAGGAAGCUGCCGGGUUGGCAGUUGAUGCUGAAAACAGAGACUUGGAUUCUGAAUUUGAAGACUUGGCCAGUGAUGUUCGAGUACAAAAUGAAUUCAAGGAUGAGGCACAGUCUUUAAGUCACAGUCCCAAACGUAUUCCCACAACACUUUCUGUUAAACCACUUGGCGCUAUAUCACCAGUUUUAAACCGUAAAUUAGUUGCAGGAAGUCAUCCACCGCCACCAAAACUUCCAUCCAAAGAAGGAAGUAAACCAUCAGCCCUAAAACCUUCUGAGGUAACAGACUCAGCACAAGUGUCAAAACCCACCCAAGGACCUACUUUCAAACCUCCUGUGCCACCACGACCACAACUGAAAGUUCCUUUGCCUUCUGCAGACACCCCCACUCAGGCAGAACCGGAUGUUGUUGAAAAGCCAGAAAAGGUGCUGCCACCUCCCCCUGCAGAUAAAUCUGCUGAAAAGCAAGCAAAGAGCAUGGAUCAUGUAGAAGAUGCACCUCCAUCUAAGCCAUUUUCAGCCAAGCAAGAAGUGACAAAAGACUUCAUUUCAGAAAGUUCCUGCCCUACUAAAGACAGUUCAGAUGACCGCCAGACUUGGGAGUCAUCAGAAAUUCUCUAUCGUAACAAGGUAGGAAAAUGGACAAGAAGCAGAGCGUCCUGUUUGUUUGACAUAGAUGCCUGCCACAGAUACCUAAACAUCGCAUUGUGGUGCCGGGAUCCUUUCAAGUUGGGGGGUCUCAUUUGUUUGGGCCACAUUAGUUUAAAACUUGAAGAGGUAGCUUUGGGGUGCCUAGCUACAUCAAACAUGGAGUACCUUUCAAAAUUCAGGCUGGAAGCCCCUGCACCCAAGGCCAUGGUCACAAGAACUGCUCUCCGUAAUCUGAGUAUGCAGAAGGGCUUCAAUGAUAAAUUCUGCUUUGGUGACAUUACCGUUCACUUCAAAUAUUUGAAGGAAGGAGAACCAGACCACCAUGUAGUUACUAAUGUAGAGAAAGAGAAAGAAUUUCACGUGGUCGAAGAAGCUUCUGCCCUGCCUAAAGAGGAGCACUUAGUUGGACAAACAGGCUCACCAGAAAAUAAACAUAGUUUCCAGGAUACUCAGUUCCAAAACCCAACCUGGUGUGACUACUGUAAGAAAAAAGUUUGGACAAAAGCUGCUUCCCAGUGUAUGUUCUGUGCUUACGUUUGUCAUAAAAAAUGUCAAGAGAAGUGUCUAGCUGAGACUCCUCUGUGUGGAGCAACUGAGAGGAGAAUGGACCGGGCCCUGAAAAACCUUAGACUGGAAGGACAGGAACCCCUCCUGGGCCUGCCUCCCCGUGCUGAAACCGAACCUAACAAGUCAGUCAAUAAAACAACAGGUUUGACCAGGCACAUUAUCAAUACUAGCUCUCGUUUGCUAAAUUUGCGGCAAGUCUCUAAAACGCGCCUUGCAGAACCAGGAACUGAUCUCGUAGAACCUUCACCAAAACAUACACCCAACACAUCAGACAACGAAGGCAGUGACACAGAAGUCUGUGGUCCCAACAGCCCUUCCAAACGGGGAAACAGUGCAGGAAUAAAGUUAGUGCGAAAGGAAGGUGGGCUGGAUGACAGUGUUUUCAUUGCAGUUAAAGAAAUUGGCCGUGAUCUGUACAGAGGCUUGCCCACGGAGGAGAGGAUCCAGAAGCUAGAGUUCAUGUUGGAUAAGCUGCAGAAUGAAAUUGAUCAGGAGUUGGAACACAAUAAUUCCCUUGUUAGAGAAGAAAAAGAGACAAGUGAUACCAGGAAAAAAUCACUUCUUUCUGCUGCUUUGGCUAAAUCAGGUGAAAGACUACAAGCUCUAACACUUCUAAUGAUUCACUACAGAGCAGGCAUUGAAGAUAUUGAAACCUUAGAAAGUCUGUCAUUAGACCAACACUCAAAAAAAAUAAGCAAGUACACAGAUGAAACAGAAGAAGAUCUUGAUAGUGAAAUAAGCCAACUGAUGGACGCUCAGCCAUUCAGCAACAUCUCCGAUGACUUAUUUGGCCCAUCCGAGUCUGUGUAACAGAUGGACUGUUUAAACUUUCAUAUGGUUGGGGACAAGGUACAUCUAUAGUACCACGAAUGCAACCAUGUUUCGAUCUUCUCACAGUGCUCUGGCUUGCUUUCUCAGUUAUUUGUUCCAGUAAGGACAAGGGUGUAAAAAGUUGUUUUCCAGCACAAAUGUGACCAGCUCACCAAAUUGUUUUGGGUUACAUUUAUAGCUAUGCUUUUUUGGGUUUAUACUGGGAAUUGGUUUUUACUAAUUUAUUUUUAACUUUUUCUAAUUAUGUAAGUUUAAUUCAUGUUUAUAUUAUAUGUGUGAUAUCUCACUGUUAUUUUCCUUCUUAGUUUCUGAAUUCGUGUUAAAUAGAUAUUGUCCAACUUCUUGAAAUCCUUUGAUUUGCAUCACGGUUAUAUAACAACAAAUUUGCUGCAUGCCCAAAUUGACAACGGCAAUCACUGAGGGAACAGGUUUUAAUCUUCGUUUUGUGUUAGAAAGUUUGUCAGCUCCACUUGCUUGAGAUUUUUGUUGUUUUGGGCUUGGGGGUAACUUUGUUUUGUUUUUGCCAAAUGUAACACAAAAGCAGAUGCUGCAGCUUUAUUAAUAUGUUAUGCUGAUUUAGUAAAAAAAAAAACAACUUUUUUUUUACAUAUUGCUUGCUUUCUGUGCUGUGAAAGUUUUUUCUAAAGCUUUUGUGCAGGUGAAGUAUAGUAAAAGUAAAAUGGUACAAUGAAGAGCAAGAUGUAAUGGGAUAAAUAUAAUAGAGAGUUGGUGAGGAAUUCUGUAAACACUUCCUGAAAAACAGUAAGAGUAGGAUUUUGAAAUGCUUUCAGUAUAUCAGUGCUUUCCCAAGCAUUUAGGCUGAUUUUUCAUCUUCAGGUUUCCCGUAGGAAAUAAAGCGUGUACAAGGAUUUUUAAAAUCUCAGAAGACUAUUCUUAAAAUGACUGUGUUGAUAACUGGGUUUAUUCUUUUCUAAUUUUCAUGUAGGAAUAUGAAGCAAAGGAGAAGAACCAAGCAAAACCUAUUUAUUGCUUCAUCUGGUGUCUUAACAGGCUUUAAGGGAAUGAUGAUCAUUCUGAAUACUUUGGUAACUCAGACUGUCUUAAUUAUUUAUAAAAAAGAAACUAAAAUAGACAGUGUAUAUGGGAAUUGAUUUCUGAAAUUAAAGCCUGCUCUCACACUGGGUCUAUCUUAUGGGUCCCAGUAAUACACAACUGAGGGAAGAUGUGAGCACUUGACCUCUCUUGGUAUUCCUUAAAAGUCUGAGCCUGUUAUAUACCUAUAAAAAUAGAUAAGUAUGUCAUGUUUUUUCCCUUUUGCUGAUAACUGCUAAGAUAAAUUAUACAUAAACCAACAUGAAUUUUAAAGUAGGUGGAAUAGCUCUUAUGGUGGGCAGGAAAAUGCAUAGUGUAAUAGCAAGGCUGUCCAGGCUUAUACAGAGUAUAGUUCAAGCUCUUCCAAUAAUGAGCUGUGCAGCUAUAGGCAAGUCUCAGGAGGGCUUUGUGUGGCUGUUUCCCCAUCUCUGAAGAGAGAAGAAUCAUACUUAAAUACUCUGAACUACCUCACAGGAUUGUUGUGAG